UUAUAGGAUGGGCAGAGGGAGAGAGGACAGGUACAAAGAGAGUAGGCCAGUAUUUGUAGAGAGGCUCUUUUUAGUUCAACCACACACAGUAUAUUAGGGCCUAAAGACAAUCACAGCCUAAGAAAGCAUAUUCUAAGGAAAGUGAAACAAGCAAAGCACCGGAAAUAGACGACACUGACCGACUGAUAGCACUGAACUGUUAUUGUGCUAUUUUACACAAAUUGAGGCGUUUAUUAACUCUUAGUAUAUUUAUUGUUUGCAGAAUACAUUUCUCCAGGUAGGGGCCUUUUUUUAUUACCAAAAGGUUGAGAAGGACUGGUCUUAAAAAGAAUAGUUCGUGCCAUUGCCAAAAAUGGGCGUACAGUCUAUGGUAUAUACGUAACUGUCACAAAUGAUACAUUCACGGGACUAAAGGAACUGAAUGUAACCUGUCAAACGCUUAAUAGAUUUAACACUUUUACCACAACCAAAAAUACCCAAAACUUGUAUUUAAAAGGCACUCUACAGGUGGCCUUUAUUACACGGGAGUCCGUACUACUCCGUUUGGACCACAGACAGUCCAGUUUCAGUAUACAAUCUAUGGUUAUCACCAUGACUCUUACGCUCCGAGGAUACAUCAGGUCCGUGAACGCCUCUCAUGUCGGCGCCCUGGACAGGCCCACGGUACUGACAGGAGGAGGCCAGCAACGCGUGGUGUGGGUUUGAGGGAGGAGGAUAUGGAGCGGAGCAGGGUUCUGUAAUGUCAAGGGCCCAUGGGCUUCAGGCCUGAGCACAGCCCACCUAUCCUCCCUCCGAGUCCGACAUGGAUUUCCUUCUCAGCGGAGCGGCAGCCUGCGGAGCAUGCCUCUUCACCAACCCGCUGGAAGUAGUCAAAACGCGCAUGCAGCUCCAAGGAGAGCUACGGAGCCGCGGGACGUAUCAAGUGUAUUAUAAAAACGUUUUCCAUGCUUUUUACACUAUCGGUAAAGUGGACGGCCUGUCCGGUUUACAGAAAGGACUUGCGCCGGGCCUUGUGUACCAGUUUUUUAUGAAUGGAGUUAGACUGGGAUCGUACGCGAUCAUUGAGUCAUCUGGUUACAUCCACAACAGCGAUGGGAAGGUCAGCACAGCCAGGACCACGUUGGCAGGAGCGGUGUCAGGGGUGGUAGGCGCCGUCAUGGGCAGCCCCGUUUAUUUAGUCAAGACUCAUUUACAAAGUCAGUCUACCUCGUCCAUUGCAGUGGGACACCAGUACAAACACCAGGGCAUGCUACACGCGCUCAGAGCCAUCUAUAAGGAGCACGGGGUCCUAGGGCUAUGGAGGGGCUCCAGUGCAGCUGUACCCAGAGUCAGUGUGGGGUCUGCAGCUCAACUCUCCACUUUCUCCUCCUCAAAAGAACUGGUGCUUGAACUGCAGGUAUUUCCCAAAAACAGCUGGUUGGUUGCCCUGAGUGCCGGAAUGAUUAGCAGUGUGGUGGUGGUUUUGGCCAUGACACCCUUUGACGUUGUGAGCACACGACUUUAUAACCAACCAGUGGACCAUCUGGGCAAGGGGCAGCUUUAUAAAGGAUUUGCUGAUUGCUUUUCUAAGACGUUAAAGAAGGAGAGCUUGAUGGGACUGUACAAGGGCCUGGGUGCUUCAUACUUCCGACUGGGUCCACACACCAUUCUGUCUCUGUUCUUCUGGGAUGAACUGCGCAAGUGUUACUGGGGCUUUAGAUAGCUCAGUGACAGAGAAACUCAAAAAAAGAUAACUCAUUAAGCCGACAGUGCAAAGGUUUCAUUUAAUGGGAUCUUUAGGAGGCAAAAUGAAAUACAGAAAGUCAAUCAUUUUACAAAGUGAAGCAUGUAGAUUUGUGAAAGUUAGUUAUAAAUCUAAUGAAAAGGCAGUUAAGUCUGCCUUAUAAUUGUAUGUCUAUGCUGAAUAUGCACAGAUUAUUUAAUAUUUCUGUUAGAAUAUUGACAAAUGUGCCAUUCCAUAUAAUGUGAGAACACAGUGGACUCUUGCCGUAUGCUCUUGAAGACAUUAUGAACCAAACAAAAGUCAUGUGAAAGCUUUGCUAUAGUAAGUGGGGUACACAAUUAUGAAAAGCCUUUAACAAAUUUUGAUAUCGUGCACAGUUAAUUUACAUUUUUACUCUUUUUUUUUUUUGCCCUUAAAGACAUUGUUUAGAAUCAGAAGAAUUUAGAAUGAAUUUUAUACCUUUAACUUGAAGAGUAGUUACUGAAUGUUCAUUUGACAGCACUCCACACUUGUAUGCAUAAUAUUUUACAAAUAUUAGUAUUUGACUUAAACAGGAAAUUUGACUGUUUUUCUUUGAAAGUUACUGAUAUUUUAUGACAAUGUGUGCAGUAGAACUGUAUGUUUUAUUAGUGGGAUUGGUUAUGUAAUUUCCUUUUUAAUUUAACCAAAAUAUAUUUUGUGCCAUGUUUUACUGUCA